UUCCUUUGGUAGGGGUUGCUGUAUGUUUUCUGCUCUUCAUGCUCGAUCGACGCUGCAUCACAAUUAUGUAACGUGAGGAGAUGCAGAAGACAAUUUCAGGUGCAAGACUGAUUUAUCACCGAGUGGACUCCAAGGCUGGAAUGGGGCAUGUGACCAAAAGUGGGGAGAAAAUCCUUCCAUUUGAAUGUCGGAGAUGGAAUGAGGAGCAUAUUUUUGCACGGAUCCAUCGCCAGAGUGGAGGCAUUAUAUGAGAGCACGUCAGAGGAGCACUUGAUCCCUGCUGUCACAUGGACCCUCUCAGAAUCCCACAAGCGGACCGACAAGGAGCAACACUCUCAUUUUGAAUGCUUUGUCUUUAACCGUUCUUUGUUAUUUUUGUUUUAUCCCUGCUCAAGUGAAAAAUAUUUGGGGAAGGGCGGCUAUGGCUUGGCCGUGCAUCAGCAGAGUGUGUUGCUUGGCUCGGUUCUGGAACCAAUUCGACAAAUCCGACCUUUCCGUGCCGCUCACCAUCCAAAACUACUCGGACAUAUCCGAGCAGGAGGUGCGAUCCGUCACCAAGCAGGUAUCGUGCCCCACCUCUGUCCCCGGACCGCGAAUUGCCGGCGACUCCCCCACCCGAGGCUCAUUUAGGGCGCGCAGGGAGCCCAGCUACAAGCCCCGGGAGGACUACCAACCUCCGGGGGUGCCUUUCCCCAGUGUCACGCAGUACAAGCAGGACUUUAAACCCUGGCCCAUUCCCAAGAAGGACCACUACCCUUGGAUCAGUAAUGGGAGCAGCCCAGGGGGAAGGUUGGAGGUGAAAGAGGAGGACAGGGGGAGCGUCUGCAGACAAGAGUGCAGGCCAUGGGUGAAAAGUGGCAGGAAACAACCUGUGGAAUCCCAAAACCUCCCACCUGAGACCAGCUAUCAGGCUGCCUACAGCGGUGAAGCCCACCGGUCUAUAGGGCCGCACCAGGGGAGCAUCGCUUCUGCUAGCACCAACAUACAGCCCGCCUCGGUACCCCGCCCCGUCGUCAGCACGGUGCAAGCCGGCCCCUCUUACAACCGUCUUGUCCUGCGCGACAUCCAGCAUGACAAGACAGAGCUCAGCACAUCAACAAAGGGUCAGCAGGAACAUCUGGUUCGGACCAAGUUGCCGCCAAACCCUUCUGCCGUUUUUCAAAGCGGAUCACGAGCCUUUUAACAUCGGACAGAAGAAUGUCUUUGGAAAUCUAUGCAAGGGAAUGUGUCAGGAGUGACCCCUGCAGAGUAAAGAUGAUGACAUCACAUGGCGACCCCUCCCCAUUUAGAAUCUGCUCUGGUUGCUACGCAAGUGAAUAUGCAUGUGAGUGACUAGCUUUUGUUUUGUUUUUACAGCCCAAGAAACUGAAACUGUGUGCGUUUCCUGUAUAAAAAGUGUGUGUGCACUUAAUGUUGCUUGGGUUUUAGCCGUUAAAAAUUAGUUAUUUAUUUCCCUUGUUUGGAAACUAAUUUCAAACGUAUGAUUUUGUAAAUCUAUUGUAAGAAUCUAAGUACGAGGUGAAUAAAAUAAAAAGGAUUACCUGUUUCCGAA